ACAAGGGUGAAUAAUUCACCCCCGUUGCAUUCGACGGUUAACCAUUGAACUCUAAAGUUGAAGGUGACAGAGUUUCUCCUUGCUUUUAUUGUGAACAACUGAGCUUUAUUCGAUGAAGAACAUGGAUGCAGUUUUGUUGGAACGUGAGCGGGUCCUCUUUCGUAUGAAUGAGGAAAUCAACGCUAAAUCACGUGGUUUGUUCGAGUUGAAUGAAAAUGCCACAUGGAUGAACACCAAAAGACGAAUGAAGAACAACAUCAGGAAGCUGAGCAAUCCCCAACCGAUGCCGUCGGAUUGUUCGACGGGUGGUUCCAGUGAUGGGGGCAACAACAAGGAAAACGACUGCGAUCAGAUGAGCCCGUCGGAUGCUGAAACCGAGUUCAACGACAGUGCGACGCUAUGUACGGAGGAAAAGUCUCUGGAUAGCGAAAAGGACGCCCCAGCGUCAAUAGCUUUUCCGAAGGAAGAGCUGCAGCUCGUGAAGGUGGGUGAGAAAAAGAUAAAUAAUAAAUCCGUUGCCAAGCAGGGUGCGUCGGUCGACGGCAAGAAUGUGAACAAGAAUAUGGCCGAUGUGGUACCGAAGGUGCUCGAAAAGAAGAACAUCAGUUCGGAAGGGUUGAUUAAGUUUUUAAAAUCGAAGGUUGCCAUCAUUCAAACCGAGCUAGAAUCGGUGCAGAAGCAGAAUGAAGCCAACGUCAAGGAUUUGAAUCUGGCAUUGGAUCGGCUGAAGCAAAUGGAAAACUUUAAGGAGCAACUGUUGACAAAAAACGCAGCACUGGAACGUACGGUGAAAAAGUUUGAAGAACGCAAUUUGGAGUUGGACAAGCAAGUUAAGGAUAAAGAAACCCAGUUAACAAACGGAGCUAAAGAGUUAUCGACAGCCCGCACCGAAAUCCGCUGUCUGACCUUGAACAACCAAAACCUGGAGAAACGUCUGUUCAAGGCACAGGAAGACAUCGAUAACUACAAGAUCAAGCUGAAUAUUGCCAGUGAUGCUGAAAAGGAGACCCGCGACGGAGCUCGUCAAGAGCGACUGACAUAUGAGAAACAAAUUAAGCAACUGAGAAAACAAAGAAGUGAGGUACUAGCAGAUUACAAGAAAAUGUUGAUGGCUUUUGACCACAUGAAGAAACAGAAUUUCCAAUCGGACCAGGCCCGUCUUAUCACUGAUUUCGAGCGAGAUUACUUCCGUCACUUGGACGAUGUUUCGUCAUGUUCGAUGCCACAAUGAGAAAAGCAUGCAUGCUAUUUCAACUCUGAGUCGUAUAAUUGUUUGUGGUUUUAAGAGUGGUCUAACUACUAAGUAGUGUGGAUUAUAUAAAUAUUCUCAUGCUGAAACUAGUUUCAAAAGCAUACAAAUAGUAUUUUAGAAUUAGGUGUGCGAAAAACAAUAUCGCGUGAAACUAUACACACAAUACUAGUAGAACAUUUGAGGCACGUGGUGGAUUUGUGGUUUGAAACUAAGAGUGCUUUAAGUUAUUUUUGAUAAAAAUAUUUCACAGAUCGAAAAUAUUCUCCUGCAAAUAAAAAUUAACCUACGGA